CCCUCGCUGUUCGCACACACACAUACACUAGCACACUCGCACACACACUCACACAUACGCGCACGCUGGCACUCUAGGGCUCAUAUUAAGACUCCCAGGGACCGACUGCCACUUACCACCGCUGCCCAACAGAGAACACCCACAGUCACGCGCACUCACUCCGUUAGCCAAGCUCUGCUGCACUUUCUGAAACAGCACACACACGCACACGCACACACACACACAUCCACAUCCACAUCCACAUCCACACACUCACUCACUCUCACUCACACACUCUCACUUCUCACACACACAGCGAAGCUGCACGUUACCUGUGGUCCAUAAUGGAUGUACUGAAGAAGGGUUUCUCCAUCGCCAAGGAGGGUGUGGUGGCUGCCGCCGAGAAGACCAAGGAAGGGAUGGAGGAGGCUGUGGCCAAGACCAAGGAGGGGGUGAUGUACGUGGGGACGAAAACAAAGGAGGGAGUGGCAUCAGGUGUAAACACAGUGGCCCAGAAGACGACUGAUGAGGCCAAUGCGGCGGCUGACGCAGCGGUUGCUGGGGCCAAUGAGACGGCAGAGGCGGCUGUGGAGGGGCUGGGGCAGGCCGUGGCAGCAACCGGACUGGAUGACCCAGUUGCAGAGGUGGAAACAGCGGAACCAGCACCAGCAGAGGAGGCUGUUGAGGCAUCACAGUAGGGUGGUGUGUGUUCCUCGCACAUUUCCCCUCCAUCCCUCCAUCCCUCCCUCAGUCUCUGUGUCUCGUCUCUGAUCAGGAAGAGAAGUUCCCAAUGCCAACCCCCUGUCUGCAGAUUGGAUCGUCGGCAUCACGACUCAAAGGACAUCAGAGCUGACCGCUCUUUCUCUUUACUCCUCUUUCUCUUUACUGUUGUUGUGUGACUUUUUUUUUACUAUUAUUUGUGCAAAACACACACACACACACAC